AUGACAUUUUCAGACGAGGGCGCUCUCGUGGACGAGGUGCUGAUCUCCCUAAGAUGGUGGGGGCCCUACCAACAGGUCCAGUUUUACCUCCUCAUGAUACAGGUGGUCCCUUGUGCUUUUCACGCCAUGUCUGUUGUGUUCCUGGGUAAACCUAUGAAGCACAGAUGUGCACCUGUAGCAAAUCUGACAAUUGCACUCCAGGAAAACGGCAUCUUCAAGGAGUACGACGUUAUUGGUAACCAGUCACCCUACAACUUGACCGUGUCGUACGAGGCUUGCAGCAUCGAUGUGAGGAAUGGAACUGAUCUGCUCUACUCGACAACCUGUGUCGCUGGUUACGAAUACGCCGAUCCCAUUGACCAAUCUUUCGUGUCCGAGUUUGACCUGGUGUGUGAUCGAGAAGCGUUCUCUGACUUCUCUCAGACCAUGCUGGCUUUUGGGAUGAUGGUUGGAGCUUUCGGUUUCUCGGCUCUAGCAGACAGGUGCUGUUACUCCUUGUUCGCCAUCGCCCUCGCCUUCUCGCCAAACUUUACAGUGUACGCCGUGAUGAGGUUUCUUCUCGGCUGUUUCCAACAGGGCGGCGCAAUGAUCUCCACAAUAAUGCUGAUAGAAAUGCUACCAAAGGAUAAAAGAGCACUGCCUUCGCUCGUGGGGAAUUUUGUCUGGGUCGGAUCUCUGAUGUUGCUGUGUUUGAUCGCUUACCUGGCCAGGGAGAUGAGCUGGCGGUACACGGAGCUGAUCCUGGCUGCUAGUUCUGCUCAUGCUCUGUUCCAGUGGUGGAUCAUCGAUGAAUCUCUUCGCUGGCUGGUCACCAACAAACGACACGCCCAGAUCGAGCAGCUUCUCCAAAAAGCAGCCAGAAGAAACAAGAUUGAUUUGGAGACGGUUCUGGGGCUCCUGAAGCGAGGCGUGGUACACAUGACAAUGACCGCCCUAGAUAAAGCUGACGUCAGGGAAAACAACAACGUCAUCGCUCCCGUUCAAGCGGUCCCAAAGGAAAUGUUUCUUAUGGCGUUCGUCAAAAACAAACACGUCCUGCUGACUACUGUCAUUUCCUGCUAUAUGUGGUUAACAGUCAGUGUCACCUACUACGGAUUACUGAUGAUGUCCACGUCACUGACGGACAGCCUCUACCUGGGCGUGUUCCUCAGUGUCGUGGUAGAACUACCCACCGCUUUCAUAUUCAUAGUUGCCAUUGACAGACUCGGUAGAAAGCGGUUCCUUGUCGUCUCCCACAUACUGGCAGGACUGUCUAUGUUAGCGGCAACAGUUUUAUCAAAUGUUUCCAGCGCAGGCUUUGGGUUAUCUUCCCUUGCAGCAAGAAUUGGAGGGAUGAUCGCUCCAUAUUCCAGAACUUUCAGUCGUUACGUGCCAUGGGGCCCUGGUGCUGUGUUCACCUGUCUGUGUCUCCUUGUGCUGGUGGUUCUCAGACUCCUCCCAGAGACCACGGGGAAGGAGCUGCCACAGACCCUGGACGACCUAGAGAGGAUGUUCCAAGCUAACAAGAAGUCAGGUCCCGAGGAGAAAUCCAAGAAAAACAUGCCGUGCUGA